UGGAUUUCCCCUCCCAACCCACUGCCACCACCGCAUCAGGGCAGGCCGGAGGAGCUGGAAGGUUAUUUAAGGCGGCUAAACCCAUCGGGGAUCUUCUUGCAUCCGGUUUCCUUUUCCCCCAGAGACGUCAGUCUUAAGGAACAUGAGUUCAUUACUGAUUCCCUAACUGGCUUCACCAUUCUGGCUUGGGUCCCGAACAAAGAAGGCAUUGUUGGGUGAAGCCAGGCUGGGUUUGCUUCUGCAAGACGGUGACUUUCAUCAGCAGUAUUUUAUAAGGUUUGUGUUGUCUUGUUUUUGAUUUUGGAAGGGUCACCUCCCCUUUCAAACGAGUCUGAAGGCCAGGUUUCCUAAGGCUCGUACCUGGAGAUGGAGAAAUACGAGAAAAUUGGAAAAAUUGGGGAAGGAUCCUACGGAGUGGUUUUCAAAUGCCGAAACCGAGACACCGGCCAGAUAGUGGCUAUAAAAAGGUUUAUGGAGUCAGAAGAUGACCCGGUCAUAAAGAAAAUUGCCCUUCGAGAGAUUCGCAUGCUCAAGCAACUCAAGCAUCCAAACCUGGUCAACCUUCUUGAAGUCUUCAGGAGAAAACGGAAACUUCACUUGGUGUUCGAGUACUGUGACCACACGGUUCUCCACGAGCUGGACAGGUUCCAAAGAGGAGUCCCGGAGCAGCUAGUGAAGAGCAUAACCUGGCAAACACUCCAGGCUGUCAACUUCUGCCAUAAACACAGCUGCAUACACAGAGAUGUGAAGCCUGAAAACAUCCUCAUCACAAAGCACUCGGUCAUUAAGCUUUGUGACUUCGGAUUUGCUCGGCUUUUGACCGGCCCCAGUGACUACUACACAGACUACGUGGCCACCCGGUGGUAUCGCUCCCCGGAGCUGCUGGUGGGGGACACUCAGUACGGCCCCCCCGUGGACGUCUGGGCAGUCGGCUGUGUCUUUGCGGAACUGCUGUCGGGGUCUCCCUUGUGGCCGGGGAAAUCGGACGUGGAUCAGCUGUACCUGAUCAGGAAAACCCUGGGAGACCUCAUUCCCAGGCACCAGCAAGUGUUUAGCACGAACCAGUUCUUCAGCGGGGUGAGGAUUCCAGACCCAGAGAAUACGGAGCCCCUGGAAUCGAAAUUCCCAAACAUUUCCUCUCCUGCUCUGGGGCUGAUGAAGGGCUGCCUCCACAUGGACCCUGCCGCACGACUGACGUGUGAGCAGCUGCUGCAGCUCCCGUACUUCAACAGCCUCCGGGACACGGAAGACCUGGCCAGGGAACAGGAGAGACCCUCCCGGAGACCCCCGAGGCUGAGUCGGAAGCACCUCCCGGCGUUACAGUACCUGCCUCAGUUGACCAGUAGUAGCGUCUUGCCCACUUUGGAGAACAAGAAAUACUACUGCAACACAAGGAAGCUUAACUAUCGCUUUCCCAACAUUUAAGAAGCUGAUGGAUCUCUGGUUAAAGAGGGACAUAACUCUAAACUACUGACUUCUAAAUCUUGCAGAGUGGGAGAUACGUAGCAAGCUGAGUUGGCAAGAAAUGAAAGCAUUAUCCAGGUCCAGAGCAGCCUGCAUUCUAAGCACAAAGAGAAGUCUAAUGUUUGGGCCCUGACGGUAGAAAUAACGAAGAGUUUCUAGGCAACACUGCUUAGGCAGGAAAUACAAUGAUCCCCUGCUCUUUGGUCUUGGUGGCAAGAUCUGAUGCACAUCAGAUGUGCAGCCAGUUCCAAAGUCUGUCUCCAAGUGGACAUGUGUGGCUCCUUGGGAGCUCUGAUGCCCCGACUCCCCCCUCUUCCCUUAUUGUAUGAUAUUUCAUUGUCACAGUGGAAGGUUUCUCAUUGCAUUUCAGUGUCUUUUAAAAUCUCUUUCCUGUUGCUGUGGUUCUGCCCUUUAACCCAGUCUUAUGGGAAUUUAUGCUGUUCUUUAACUUUGCUGUCUUGGCAGGGCUAAAAACAGCUCACUGUUACUUUAAGUGCUGUACAGAAUAUACUCAGAUUUGCUUCAGAACUCAUAGAGUGGAUGGAUAGAGGAGGAGGAGGAGGAGGAAGAGGACCUUUUGCUCUUCUCCGUUACAGUGUUUUGUCCUGAUCUUGUUUCUCUUAUCUCUCCCAGGUGCUGACUUAGCAUUGAAAUGGGACAGGCUAUACACUACAGUAGUCCGUUCAAUUAGUCAGGGUCAAUAUAAAGUAAUGCUUCAUGGUUUUGUGGGCAGGGAAUGUGUUAUGUUAUACUCUCCCAAGUGCUUAGUACAGUGCUCUGCACACAAUAAGCACUCAAUAAAUACAAUUGAUUGAUUGACUUAACCUUAUAAUCAAAGCUUCAGAGGAAAGAUCCUUGAGUUCACACUCAAAAGGUAUUUCCCAUCUACAAUAAGUAGUACUGUGAAAGGUCAGGGGGCUCAGCACAAUUCAUGAUCAGUCUUACGAUAUUCUGUUCAAAACAAAACAAUUACGGAAUUCCUUACUGUAGAGGAGAUUCUUCCAGGGGGAUAUUCAUGGGUAUUUAAAGAAUGUGAAUGGCAACUCUACCAUUGACGUGAUCAUCAUUAGAAUAAAUUCUUCGAAGAAUGGGGAGGCUGAUAUCGACGACAAGCCUCAAAGUUGAGGGUCUGCAACAGGACUGACGUCAGGAAACGAGAAUGAGACUGAUGUGUAAAAACCAGUUCACCACACUGCAUUAUGGGAGUCGGGUGAUGCAGUGGGUUCUGGAAAACCAGGGGUAAAAGACAUAAUUCAGGAACUUUGACAGGACAGUCCAAGACUUAUGUGCAGUGACUCCCAAGAAUGGUGAUGACUGAGCUUAAAAAAAGCAAAAAUUCACUUGGGUGGAAUACUGAACCAAAUAUGAGGAAUCCCAUUGUACAGUAUCACAGGCAUUAAGACAUGGGUUCACCAUUUUGAUCCCUAAAUGAAAUGACAGUCAGUGGCAUGGCAGCAUUGAAGGGCUCAAGCAAAUAAGUUCGACUGCAGUCUUCUACAGAUAAAGUGAUGGCAGCUUUUUCGGAGAGGAGUGGCGGGGGCUGGUCAGGGACUUUUUGACAAGGGGUGCUAUUAAGAUUAAGUAACUGAGAAGCACUAAAGAACUCAUGCUGACCAAAACCUGAAUGAGGUGCUCCUGCAUGAUAACCCCUCUCUCAGAACAUCACAUCGCUUAUCACUCAGCUCUGGCACUUUGGGAUUACCAUCCCUUUGACUUGCUAAAUGGUGGAUCAGACAGGCAAUAUAUGGAGGUUCAUCAUGCUGUGAACACGGAGGCUUUGAAUGUCUAUCGAGUUGACAGUUGAUAGAAUGGGAGUAGAAGAAUAGCUUUCCAUUUUUCACGAAUGUUUGCAUAUUCCAUAAGCUUUUCAUCUGAAUGAUAUUCAAUAGGAGGCACUGCUUCUGUAUCAUCCCUUCUGUCCGAGCAUACAGGGAGAGGUCACUGUAAUAAUAAUCGUAUUUUUUAAGCAUUUACUCUGUGCCAAACAUUAGGAUAAACAAACGCUAUGAGAUCAAUUAGCCAUAUUUAUGGAGUCCCAAUUGUGUGCAAAGCACUGAACUAAGCAGUUUGGGAGAGUACAGUACAACAGAGUUGGUAGACAUGUUCCCUGCUGGCUACAGUCCUUGGAUCAAAUGGGGUUCACUUUCUUAUCCCCAUUUUACAGAUGAGGGAACUGGGGCACAGAGAGGUUAAGUGAAUAGGCUAUAUUACCUCAUGAAAUGAAUGUAUUAGAGCCCCAAGGUACUACUUCAAAGUUAUUACUUUGAAGCAUGAUUUUUUUUAUUUCUAUUGGCAAAAUGCAAAUUAAAAAAUAAAAUCUAACAACUCAGAUAAUCCAGAUAAUCUAAUCUAGCAGCAUGAUUUGCUAUCUUUUCGACAUUGAUUCCUAAAAGAAAAUGGGCUCAUAUGCAUUAUUUACACUUAGUUUGUCCUCUUUUUUUGCAGAAAUAAAAAUGCUUACUUUAAUCUAUUUAGAAAAUAUUUCCCUUUCACAGGGUCAAGAAAUAAAAUGCAUAUAGUUUGUAAAAUCUGCAAGGAAAUUAUCGGGUAGUGAAGGUAAAAGCAGUACCAACCCGCUGAGUAGCAAAAAGGAAACAAUAAUUCAGGAUAUCUGUUUUAUCGGUGGCCUUUCUGGUGUAUACUGUCUCUCUAGAGUCUUGAAAAGGAAGUGAUAGUCAGUGUUAGCACCUGAGGGCCCCAAAGAAAGUAAAAGCUGUGGUCAGUGGAAAUCUACUCAAAAUGGAAACGUGGAGCCCGAAGUCUUUUGCAGCAAAGCAAGUUGUGGGUUCCUGGGAGCAAAGUUGUGGGUUCCUAGAAAUGACAAACCUCUCCUAAGUUUAGCCAUCACAGUACAGACAAGGAAGUAAGUAGAUUGAGUGACAGACAAGUGUCUGACAGGAUCAGUACACUUAUUUAAUAAUUUACAGUACUUUAGACUGUUAAGCUCAUUGUGGGCAGGAGACGUGUCUACCAACUCUGUAUUGUACUCCCCCAAGUGCUUAGCACAGUGCUCUGUGUACAAUAAGUGCUCAGUAAAUACUACUGGUGAUGAUUUUCUGAAUGUGCAUAUUGGCUUGACCCAGACAAAUAUGUGUCAAGUAUAUUAUAGGCUGGUAUUGGGGCUAGGGAAUAAGGCAUUUUCCAGAGAAGUCAAUGGAUGGUUUUUCCUUAUUUAUAUUAGUCCUGGAUGAAUAGGACUGUUGUGUACAAUGUUGGAGCUUUUGCACCCAAGACACCAGUAUGUCUCCAACAAGCAAAACAACCAAUAAAAAGAAACAGGCUGGCACUAUAAAUGUAAAAGGAGUUGAAAAUAAAUCCAAGACAUUUCCUGAUGUGUUACAAAAUAAAUGCUACAGAUCUUAUCAUGUACAUGCCUAUCCAUUGACAUACAUGCAAUAAAGCAUGUCUUCUUGAA